AUCCUCCUGCCUUGGCCUCUCAAAGAGCUUGGAUUAUAGGCAUGAGCCGCUAUGCCUGGCUGUAAGUCAGGGACUUUUGUCUGCUUUGUUCAGCACCUGUAUUUUCAAUAACUAAAAUAGUGCCUGGCAUAUAGUUUGUGCUUGAUAUUUGCUAGCUGAAUGAGCAAGGGCUUUGAAGGAAACAGGCAGAGUGUUUCACUGGGGAGUAAUGGAGGUAGGGCAGGACUGGUUAUAGAUUGAGUAGUCAGGAAGGAUGAUCAAGUUCUAAAGGAUGCCAGAAGCCAGCUGUUGGGAGAGUGAGCCUGGGGAGCAGCAAGUACAAAGGCCCUGAGGCAGGAAAGCAGAAGCUGGGGGAGGGGCAUUGUUGGAUGAGGUCAGAGGGUAGGUAGGCCAUUCCUGCCCACUUCUGAGUGCUGAUUUCAUCUGAGUGCUAUGGGGAGUAAUUGAAAGCUUUUAACACCAGGAGUUAAGUAAUUUGAUUUGCAUUCCUGAAGGGUUCCCUGACUGUCCUGGUGGAGGUGGGGGGGAAGUGGAUGUGCAGAGUGUGGGGUGCCCCUCUGGACUGUGGCUGCUUGGGGAAGAGGGAGGAGGAGUAAAGGAGUGCCAGGGAUAUCUGAGGGGGUGGCAGCAGGAUUUGCUGAUGGAUUAGAUUUUAAAAGCGAGGGAAAGGGAGGAUUCCUGGCAUUGCCACUAAGACACGCUCCAGUCUGGACAUUCAGCCUGGAAGUUCUGUGAGGUGUCCAAGGGGAGAUGUCAGGCCAACGGUUAGAUACUCGAGUCUGGAGCUCAGAAGACGGGAGUGCUGGAGAGACAAAUUUGGAGUCGUGAGCACUGGAGGUAUUUAGAGCUACGGGAGUGAUGAGAUCACCAAAGGAAAGUGCUUUGCUGAGGAAGAGUGCCUUCAAAACCUGAGCCCUGAGGAACGCCAACACCUGGAGAAAAGGUGGUGCGAGAGCAGCGGCUGUGAGGAAAGCCAGAGUGGGGUGUCCUGUGUUCAGGGAGUGGGUGAGGAGAGGGCAGAAACUGUGAUGGGCUCCUGGCCUCAGGAAGGCCUUUGGUGCCCUGGAGGCGGUGGCAGUGGCAGCAGUGGGCAGAGACAGUGGUGAGGACUGGGCCUGGGCUGGUCUGGGAAGCCAAGAAAGGGAGGGCUUAUGGUGUACAGGGGCUUCGGUUUACCAUUAGCUUGCCCAGUAGAUCCCAGCCUUGGGUAUGCUUCAGAAUUUUCUGAAGCAGAUUGGUGUUCACUUUUCUAAACCCUGCUGUGUGGGUGGACCCUGUCCUCCCCCUGCCAGCCCCUUUCCUUGCCCCAGUCUCCAAAUGAGAGCAUCCUUACUCCAAGGGUCUUUCCCGGAGCGGAGCAAGACUUCUGUACACUAGUGGCAUUUCUCUGGAAGGCUUCUUUCUGGGUUUGGCUUCUGGAGAAGUUUGAGACUUUAUUGUAUAUGUGCUGCCGAAGUGAGCACUGUUUGAGAUUUUUUAUGGACUAUUUUGGUGGUCAGGACCUUUACCUCCCCAAGGUUUGCUGGCUCUGGGGAGAGUGUAGAAUGUAUUUGGCUUGGGGACAACCUAGGGUGUGAAGGACCUCUGAUGGGUUCUCGGUGUCUGCUGAAUGAAUGGCACUCAGAUAUUGGAGCCUUUUGGGUUCUCAGUUGCUUUGUUAAAUGCUUUUUCUUCAGCUGGUUCACCCUUGUUUUUACAUCUGUUACCUGCAGGGGAUGGUGUAUUACCUCAUUUUAUAUGUGAGGAAACUGAGGCUCAGGAAAGUGAAAGUACUUGUCCAGAGUUCCACAGUUGCUAAGUAACACAAUCAGAACUGUCACCUGGGCCUGCAAAACCCCCAAAUCAGGCCUCCCCUUACUGACUGAUGAGCACUGUGGUGAGGUGGCAGUGGCGGGGUUUAAGGCACCUGGGCCUCCCACUGCCUCUCAGGAAUAGUGGCCACAUGCUGUGGCUAUGGGACAGAGCUAUGGGGCAUUCCUCCUGCCUCCGACCACCUGUGUUCUCUGAUGCUGCGCACCCCACCGCACACACACUGGGUGCACUAGGUGCCGGGAAGAUAGGGUGAAGCAGGCCUCGAACCUGGCUAAGCCUUGGGAUGCUUGUGGCAGAGGGAGCACCUGGCUCCCGGGGAGGCUGUUGGCGCAGCGGGUGUGUGGGUGGUGUGUAUGGCUGAUGUCGAACUCCCCAAAGCGAGCUCACCUGGACUGCAUGCCUUGGCCACAUCUGAGGAGUGGGUGUAGACUGAGACCCAAAGAAGGCUGAGGGCAGGGUGGGGCCCACCUGGAGAGGUGAAGCGGAAGCCGUCUCCUGUGGCCCAUGUGGGGGCCCUGCUUUUCUCUUCCUACCCAACAGACCUCACUUAGCCUGGGGUAGGUGGCCGAGGCAGGCUGUUUUCUGGCUUCAAAGGAUUUGGCCCAGAGCCCAGCCUUUCUCAAGCUCUAUCACCUUCUGGCCUGGCUCCUUCUGAGGAAGGGCAGGCAUUUGAGAGGUGGCAGAGGGUAAUCCUGCCUGGUAGUCAUUGAGGGUCCUUUCACAGAAAGAAACUGCGACCCAAAGAAAAAAUGACUCUCCCAGGUCACUGCCCAGGAAGCUAGUUUCCUAUUUUGUGCCUCCUACCACAUCCUGGGACAGAAGACUGGCUUUUGUUAGGUGCUCACUCUGAGCCAGGCUUUGUUCUUUAUCCUCCUUGCAUUCCUGUGAGGGAAAUAUUAAUACUCUUGUUAUUGUUGUGCCCAUUUUACAGUAGAGGAAACUGAGGGAGGCCCAGAGACAUGACUUGACUUGUCCAAGACCACACAGGUUGCAAAUGGCACAGUCCAGAUUUGAACUCAGUCUGGCUCCAGAGCUUGUGUUCUUAACCAUCAGGCGACACAGCCUCAAACUGGAUUGACUUCUAGGCUCUGUAGAAACAGAAUGAGGACGCCAAAUCCUUGAACGACAUGGCCCCUGUAGAGUUUGGCCUGAGAACUACACCUGGCCUUGGAUUUUCUGAUAGAGGACAGUCGCACAGCACCUAGUAUGUGCCGGCCACUCCAGGGGCUAGGAAGGCCCACCAUUGUUGGAGGACUUCUUAGCCCAAAUACUGAGGUGCAAUCAAGUCUCUCCUUCCUUCGUCUCCUUCCCGCUCCUGUUCCAGCAGCUGAGCAGGCACUGCCCACCCUUGGAGCCUAGGGGACCCAGGAGAGCCCCCGUUCCUCUGGACCAUGGAGGGGGGUCUUGGCCAGCUUACCUGAACCCUGGGCUUGGAAGGAUGGUUUCUCCCUCCUGCCUCAGUUCCCCUCAUCUGCCUCUGGCCAUGCAGUAUGUUUGGGAAGGGACUGAGGGCCGGGGGGUGCGGUGCCCCCACCCCUGCAGGCUGGCACACCCGCCUCUUCCCCCUUAUCCUCCCUUCUGCUCCUUCCUUUUCUCUGCCCUCGCUUUCCCUAGCAUUUGUCUGUCUCCUUCCAUGUUGUGUGAGAAGCCAUGAUUUCCAGUCUGCUCCUCUGGAAGAUGGAGGAAAGGGAAGAACCGACUUCACAGGGUUUUGAGGCUCAAGCUGAAACCCCCAAGGCUGGGCCCCUGUGCUAGAUGACUCCUCCUCCUCACCCCCUUCUUUUCCCUCCUGAAGGAAAAGUGCUGGGGAGUGGAGCAGGUGGGGCUGGGGUUAGGGUUGGCAAAGCUGAACCUCUAGGGAGGGAGCAGGUGGGGAAAAAGGAUGGGACCUUGGUGGACUUCGUAUGGGUGACCUGCUGUGAAACCCUGGGGAGCUGCGGAGCCUCUGCUGGACCUCAGCUUCCUCAUCCUGAAGGUGGGGCAGUGGAGCGCCUGUCUCCUGGAGUUGCAAGGAAUAAGGAGACACUGCUAUAAAGUGCUAAGUGCUGUGCCUAGCGCAGACUGAGUUUUCAAAGAGGGCCACCAUUCUUACUCUUCCUCUUGAGAUUUGGCCUCAUUGUUUUUGUUUUAGGGUUCUUCAGGUAAAAUUUGGAGUUUUACUGUUGUUCAUUUUGUCUAAAAUUAUCUUUAGAAGCCUUGGGCUUCUAAUCUGAUCAUGACUUUUAGGAUUUUGUUUUUUGACUUUUUGCCUUCCUGUUUCCUGUACAGAACUAUGGAUCUGUAUCUUUAAGUCCCUGGCAGGUCCAAGUGGGACGCUGGCCCUUUAAAAUCACAUUAUGGAGAGUUGGAAGGCAGCCUUUGUUUAACUGAGGCUGAUUAGUCCCAGCGGACUGGGCUGGAGUGGUGUGUCUAGGAGCAGAGCAGGGCUGGCCUGGCCGGGCCAGUGGGAGGCAGUGGGCCCGGCUGGCUGGCCCUUGGCUUCCCCUGGCCCAAACCGGGCAAGCCUGGUGGCCGCGCUGAGGGACGGUCCCAUCUGAUGCCGAGGCUGAAGGAGUCUCGCUCCCACGAGUCCCUGCUCAGCCCCAGCAGUGCAGUGGAGGCGCUGGACCUCAGCAUGGAGGAGGAGGUGGUCAUCAAGCCCGUGCACAGCAGCAUCCUAGGCCAGGACUACUGCUUUGAGGUGACAACAUCAUCAGGAAGCAAGUGCUUUUCCUGCCGGUCUGCGGCCGAGCGGGAUAAGUGGAUGGAGAACCUGCGGCGAGCGGUGCACCCCAACAAGGAUAACAGUCGGCGUGUGGAGCACAUUCUUAAGCUGUGGGUAAUCGAGGCCAAGGACCUGCCCGCCAAGAAGAAGUACCUGUGCGAGCUGUGUCUGGACGACGUGCUCUAUGCCCGCACCACGGGCAAGCUCAAGACGGACAAUGUCUUCUGGGGCGAGCACUUCGAGUUCCACAACCUGCCACCCCUGCGCACGGUCACCGUCCAUCUGUACCGGGAGACCGACAAGAAGAAGAAGAAGGAGCGCAAUAGCUACCUGGGCCUUGUCAGCCUGCCCGCUGCCUCGGUAGCUGGGCGGCAGUUCGUGGAGAAGUGGUACCCAGUGGUAACGCCUAACCCCAAGGGUGGCAAGGGCCCUGGGCCUAUGAUCCGCAUCAAGGCACGCUACCAAACCAUCACCAUCCUGCCUAUGGAGAUGUACAAGGAGUUUGCCGAGCACAUCACCAACCACUACCUGGGGCUGUGUGCAGCCCUCGAGCCCAUCCUCAGUGCCAAGACCAAGGAGGAGAUGGCGUCUGCCCUGGUGCACAUCCUGCAGAGCACGGGCAAGGUGAAGGACUUCCUGACAGACCUGAUGAUGUCAGAGGUAGACCGCUGUGGAGACAAUGAGCACCUCAUCUUUCGGGAGAACACGCUGGCCACCAAGGCCAUCGAGGAGUACCUCAAGCUGGUGGGCCAGAAGUACCUGCAGGAUGCUCUAGGUGAGUUCAUCAAAGCACUGUACGAGUCAGACGAAAACUGCGAGGUGGACCCCAGCAAGUGCUCGGCCGCUGACCUCCCCGAGCACCAGGGCAACCUCAAGAUGUGCUGUGAGCUGGCCUUCUGCAAGAUCAUCAACUCCUACUGUGUCUUUCCAAGAGAGCUGAAAGAGGUGUUCGCCUCAUGGCGGCAGGAGUGCAGUAGCCGUGGCCGGCCGGACAUCAGCGAGCGGCUCAUCAGCGCCUCCCUCUUCCUGCGCUUCCUCUGCCCCGCCAUCAUGUCGCCUUCGCUCUUCAACCUGCUGCAGGAGUAUCCCGACGACCGCACUGCCCGCACCCUCACCCUCAUCGCCAAGGUUACCCAGAACUUGGCCAACUUUGCCAAGUUUGGCAGCAAGGAGGAGUACAUGUCCUUCAUGAACCAGUUCUUGGAGCACGAGUGGACCAACAUGCAGCGCUUCCUGCUGGAGAUCUCUAACCCCGAGACCAUCUCCAACACAGCAGGCUUCGAGGGCUACAUCGACCUGGGCCGCGAGCUCUCCAGCCUGCACUCUCUGCUCUGGGAGGCCAUCAGCCAGCUGGAGCAGAGCAUUGUGUCCAAACUAGGACCCCUGCCUCGGAUCCUGAGGGACGUUCACACAGCCCUGAGCACCCCAGGCAGUGGGCAGCUCACGGGAACCAACGACUUGGCCUCCACGCCAGGCUCCGGCAGCAGCAGCAUCUCAGCCGGGCUGCAGAAGAUGGUGAUUGAGAAUGAUCUCUCUGGUCUGAUAGAUUUCACCCGGUUACCGUCUCCAACCCCCGAAAACAAGGACUUGUUUUUUGUCACAAGGUCCUCCGGGGUCCAGCCCUCACCUGCCCGCAGCUCGAGUUAUUCGGAAGCCAACGAGCCUGAUCUUCAGAUGGCCAACGGUGGCAAGAGCCUGUCCAUGGUGGACCUCCAAGACACCCGCACGCUGGAUGGGGAGGCAGGCUCCCCUGCAGGACCCGACAUCCUCCCCACUGACGGGCAGGCACCUGCAACUCAACUGGUGGCUGGGUGGCCGGCCCGGGCAGCCCCAGUGAGCCUGGCAGGGCUGGCCACAGUGCGGCGGGCAGGCCAGACGCCAACCACGCCGGGUACCUCCGAGGGCACUCCAGGCCGGCCCCAGCUGUUGGCGCCACUUUCCUUCCAGAAUCCUGUGUACCAGAUGGCCGCCGGCCUGCCACUGUCACCCCGUGGCCUUGGCGACUCAGGCUCUGAGGGCCACAGCUCCCUGAGCUCCCACAGCAACAGUGAGGAGUUGGCGGCUGCUGCCAAGCUGGGAAGUUUCAGCGCUGCCGCCGAGGAGCUGGGACGGCGGCCUGGAGAGCUGGCACGGCGGCAGAUGUCACUGACUGAGAAGGGCGGGCAGCCCACGAUGCCACGGCAGAACAGCGCUGGCCCCCAGCGGAGGAUCGACCAGCCCCCACCCCCGCCCCCACCACCACCUCCUGCCCCCCGUGGCCGGACGCCCCCCACCCUCCUGAGCACGCUGCAGUACCCACGACCCUCAAGCGGAACCCUGGCAUCAGCCUCGCCGGAUUGGGCAGGCCCUGGCGCCCGGUUGCGGCAGCAGUCCUCCUCCUCCAAGGGGGACAGCCCGGAGCUGAAGCCACGGGCGGUGCAUAAGCAGGGCCCUUCACCCGUGAGCCCCAAUGCCCUGGACCGCACGGCCGCGUGGCUCUUGACCAUGAACGCGCAGUUGUUAGAAGACGAGGGCCUGGGCCCAGAUCCCCCCCCCAGGGAUAGGCUAAGGAGUAAGGAGGAGCUCAGCCAAGCAGAAAAGGACCUGGCGGUGCUGCAGGACAAGCUGCGAAUCUCCACCAAGAAGCUAGAGGAGUAUGAGACCCUUUUCAAGUGCCAGGAGGAGACGACGCAGAAGCUGGUGCUGGAGUACCAGGCGCGGCUGGAGGAGGGCGAGGAGCGGCUGCGGCGGCAACAGGAGGACAAGGACAUCCAGAUGAAGGGCAUCAUCAGCAGGUUGAUGUCAGUGGAGGAGGAACUGAAGAAGGACCACGCGGAGAUGCAGGCAGCUGUAGACUCCAAACAGAAGAUCAUCGAUGCUCAGGAGAAGCGCAUUGCCUCCCUGGACGCCGCCAACGCCCGCCUCAUGAGCGCCCUGACGCAGCUGAAAGAGAGGUACAGCAUGCAAGCGCGUAACGGCGUCUCCCCCACCAACCCCACCAAAUUGCAGAUUACCGAGAACGGCGAGUUCCGAAACAGCAGCAAUUGUUAACCUGCCUGAGGAGAGGGGGACUGGUGGCCAAGGGCAGGGUCUUGGCCUGGGGAGGCGCCCCCACAGUCACAGCCCGAGCGCGGGUGGCAGGAGACCGAGUCUCCGCUCCCUGCCGCCGCUGUCCAGGAGGCGGCCACAGAGGGAGCCUCGAGAGACUGAAGCAGCGUGAGGCGGGUCACCAGCCGCUCCCCCUCCGCUUCCGGCCCGAGGAGCGUGUUGGGUGCAGGCAGAAGAGACUGCACGCUGGGGUGGGGACAGCCUGUUGGGAGCAGGGACCUGCCAAACACAUGUCUGUUGAUUACCGAAUGUGGCGUGUCACCUUGUCCUCCUUGACCUGGCCGAGUGCAUGUUCCCAGACCCUUGCCAGGGAGGGAGCUGCCCGGAGGGGUGAUGAAGCGGCUAGGGGCCUGCUCCUGUGGCUUCCCCUUGCCUCCUUGGGGCCCAGGACUCCCUGGCAGCCAGGCCCUGCCCUGUGGGACCUGGAACCGGGUGGGUUGGUUGGCAGGCAGGGAACGGGGAUGGGAAGACAGGUCGGUGUCCCUGCCUGUCUCCACCCUGUGCACCUGCCACUGCAUGCAGCCUGUCAGGACCCUUCCUGGCUCUGAGGACCCAAGGGUGCACACCCCGCCUGUCCCCAGACUCCCACCUCCUUCCCUCCUGUGGUUGUGUUGCCACAUAGACCGGUGAGGAUCCUGGCUUUUUCUUCUGGGCUCUCGCACCUGUGGGGAGGAUCCACAGCGUCCCACACCUUCCACGCGGGCCCGGGCUGCUGCUCUGGAGCGCCCCAAAGCCAAAGAUCUGGGCUGAGCUGGCCAGAUGGCACCGAGCAUUGUAUCUGCCUUCUCCUGGGGCCCAGUGCAUCCAGGGCACAGUGGCCCUGUAGGGAGUGGCCACCUGGUAGUCACCCUGAGAGAAAAGGUGAUCUCUACUCUGAUUGGUGGUCUUAAAAAACGUCUAAUGCCCGCAGGCCCUGAGAAAGUGGAUAACUGUGAUUUUUUUUCCUUUCACAGUAUGCAUUAGAAACAAAAGCCCGCUUGCUCGCUUGCUGGAACACAGGGGCCUUUUAAAUUGAGCGUGCGCACUGCAUGGGAAAUAGCGGCCCUGGAGGAUGUUAGACUUGCUCCCUCUCCAAGACAGCAGCAGCCUGCACCAGGCCCCGUGCGUGCGGCCGGCGGCCUCCUCACCCUCCCUGGUCCCCCAGCCAAGGACCCAGGCGCUGCAGACAGGGGAGGGGCUCACUCCCAGCUGGGGCCGGUUUUCCUCAGCUCUAGGCUGUUCUGUAGCUUAUCUGUGCCCCCCCCCAUGCCCCUUGCAGGACGUAGAUGGGCAAGAGCGUGGGUCUCUCGUGGCCCCUCUGUCCCCCAGCCCUGCAGAUUCCAAGCCUGGGGUGGGAGCUGGGACCUUUGCCCGGGCAGCAAAGUCAGGGCUGGGCAAGCUGCAGGAGCCACCACCUCUGCCCCUGCAGCCGAAUGUGCCAGGUCCCCACUGAAGGUGGAAGUGUGGAGGGGCAGCCCAGGGCCACACUGCACCCUAUCCUGGCUUGUGGACAGGGAUGGCAGCUGCUCUGGGAAGGGGCUUCUAGAUGUAACUGCAAUUCAGUUAGGCUAGAGACAGACGCUGGGCCACCAGGGGUCCUAGACCUCCUGAAGAGAGGAGGUGGGGGCUGAAGCCCUGCCACCACCCCUCUUGCCCCACCCCUCUGUCCUGCCCCUACUGCAUCUGCGUGUCACUGACCAGGGUGGCCACACAGGCAGGGCCUGGCUCCAGUCUCGUCCCCUGCUGCCCAGUGAGCCCUGCCUUCCCUGCCCCAAACCCCUCCCACCGAUGCCUCGUAGAGUGACCUCUGACUGAGCACCCUUAGCAAUACGGGGACGGGGUUCCCAGGGCCCGGACAGGAGGGCACAGAGGCCAGCGCUGUGCCCGGUGCUGGCGGCCCUUGGCGUGGGUUGUGAGCUCUCAGGCUGAGAGCCUUACUUACCUAGUGCAAAAACUGUAAAAGUGUACAGACUCUCCACAGAUUUUUAUCUUAAUUGCAAGUCUGACAAUUUUUGUAAAUGUUCUUGGUGUUUGACUGUAAUGUAACUAUUCACCUAAUGGUUGUACAUAGUCCUUUGGUCCUGGUGCUGCCGAGGGCUGGCCGGGACUGCUGCUCUCCCGAUGGUUUUUAUUUUAUUUCUUAAUCUAGAGAACAGUAUUGGGCAGGAGGAGGAGGUUUGGGAUCUGGUGUGUGUUUGUUCCCUGCCUGUGGCAUUUCUCUGCUGGCUUUGCAGCGCACUGUCUGGGUGGAGGCUGCUGGGGCGUGCACCCCGACUGGGCCGGCAGAGGGGGCUCCUGUCUGAGGCCACAGAGGUCCUGCAGGGAAGGGGGAUGGAGGGAAGAACAGUCUUUGCUCGGGGAAGACCAGGGUCCCAGGGUGCCCAGGUCACCAAGACUCAGACUCUGCUGGAGGACGCUGUCCCCCUCCCCUGCCAACACUAAAGCCUGACUUGUGCUUAAUUAACUUCUACAUUCAGGGUGAAGGAAACUGCCAAACCUCCCCUAGGUGAAGACUUUCUGACUGCCCAAGAAGGGGGUGGGAGACCAAGGGCAGAGCUCCACACACACCCCUGCCCCAGAGCAUCUGUCCCGGGGUGCACCUCUCCUCCCCCGUCCGUCUGCGGGAGCUGGUCUGUCUGGGAAACAGCCCCGCUCUUUUCUACACUCUCAGCCACAAAGGCCCCCAGCCCCGCUCCCCCUUUUGUAAGUAUGUGAAAAGGAAAAAAUGCAAACGUUGGAGUUUGGCUGGAGCUCCUCCCUCCAGCUGUGACUUUUAACUAUGUAAUAAUGUACAGAGAAAGUUGUUGGUGUUCUGAGAUUCCGUGUGGCUGUGCAAUUUCUGUACAUUUGCAAUUAGAAAUAUUAAAGAUUUAUUUAGCUAUUUUAA